UCUGAUAAAUGGAAGAAAAUAAAAUAGAGAGCCCUGAAAAGAUCGAUGAAGGAGCCAAGCUCGGUAACUAUAUUAUUGGCAAGACUAUCGGAGAGGGCACCUUUGGAAAGGUCCGACUGGGCAUCCAUACACUUACUAAUGAAAAGGUCGCAGUUAAAGUAUUAGAGAAAGAGAAAAUCAAGGAAAUAGCUGAUAUUGAAAGAGUGACGAGAGAGAUUUUCAUACUAAAAUUAAUCAGACAUCCUAAUAUUGUGCAGUUAUAUGAAAUUAUUGAAACGCCUAAGAAUCUGUUCUUCAUCAUGGAGCAUUGUGCCAAAGGAGAGCUCUUUGAUUAUAUUGUUGCUCAAGGCAAGUUAGAAGAAAAAGAAGCUUGCAAAUUUUUGGAGCAAAUACUCUCAGGCGUAGAGUAUAUUCAUAAAUUAAAUUUUGUACACAGAGAUCUCAAACCAGAGAAUUUACUUCUUGAUGAAAAUAUGAAUAUCAAAAUUGUAGAUUUUGGUCUAAGUAACAUUUUCCAAGAUCAGGAAAUGUUAAAGACAGCCUGUGGAUCACCUUGCUAUGCUGCACCAGAAAUGGUCGCUGGCAAGAAAUACUUACCUUGUUGUGUCGACAUAUGGAGCUGAGGAAUUAUCCUAUACGCAAUGAUCUGUGGAUACCUUCCUUUUGAAGACCCUGACACAUCUAAGCUUUAUCAAAAAAUUUUGUCAGGAGAUUUUGAGGUUCCUGAGUUCAUGACACCUUUAGUCGAGGAUAUCUUGCAUAAGAUAUUAAACACAGAUCCGAAAGACAGGUACACAAUCAGUGAUAUCAGAAAGCAUGAAUGGUUUGUGAAAUAUCACUCUAAACAGCCACAGAAAGCUGGAAUUUAUAUCGGUUACAAUAAAGUACCAGUGGAUAACGAAGUGAUGCAAAUGCUUGAAAGCUUUGGUAUCAGUACAGAUUAUGCUAAGAAGUUGCUCAGUUGUUCUCACAAUGAUAUUACAACCUCAUAUUACCUUUUGAUGAAGAAAUUGAAGAAACAAUGCUUCCCUGAUGAAAGUGAAAGCCCACGGACACUGAAGAAGAAACUAAUUGAAAAGGAAGAGCAGAAAUAUGCAGAAUCUAUUUUAGAAGAUUCCAAAAUUCAGAUGAUGAAGAAAAUCAAAGAUGCCAGCUUGAAUAAUAGAGUUUCUCACAAUAAGCAUAUAGGGAGUAAUGAAGGAUUGGACAACUCUAUUAGAAAGAACAUAGGAAAUUCCAACCUUUCAUCUUCAAGAGACUCUGUUUCCCAAGUUUCUCCUAAUAAAAACGCCCCAACAGCUGAGAUGAGUAAGAGAGAAGACUCUAGCAGUUCUAAAAAUAGGAGUUUUACUCAAAAUAAAACUAAAGGAAGGCCAUUAACUCAAAAUAGAAGGAAUAGUAACGACCCCCAACAGAAUUUAAGCCUCAACGAGAAACUUAGUAGCAAAAAUAACCUGAACAAGAGAUGAAGGAAAGACUCGCAGGAAAUGUAUCAGCCUAAUCCUGAAAAAGCACGAAUAAGUUAUAAUGAAUGGAAUAUACAAGGAAACAGCAUGGUUUAUUCACCAAAUAAGUUCGCUACGAAUAAUGAUCAGUCAGAUUACAACCAUUAUGAAAUAUGUGGGGCACACACAACAGCUACAGCUAUGAACAAUACUCAGAAUCUAAAGCUAUGCGAUUAUUUAAAAGUCUCUGAUCCAAGGGCAGAUGAAACCGAAAUCGGGAUAUUUCAAGGAAAACAGGUAAUUCCAGAUGAUGAUCAAAAAUAUGGCGCAAACAUCUCUUUCGAAAGCCUUUCAGCAGUGGCUAAGAUCUUUAGUAAUAAUUUUAAAGCUGAUCAAGACUCUGAGCUUGACUUCGACGAUGAACGGAUUAAUAGAACUAAUAUUGAAGAAGUUAAUGAAGAAGGCAUUCUAAAUUUACUUGAUAAAAUUAAUCCAAAGAUUGAACUCUCAGUGCUUAGAGAAAAUUGUAAAAGGAAUUCUCAUCCAGAUCCUCCUCAACUGCAGAAUGAUGACAUGCAGAGCAAUAUUUUGUUGAUCAAUGCGAUCAAAAAUUCAGCAAAACAAAAGGCUGUGAACCAGAGUUCAGAAGCAGUUUCGAACUCGGUCAUCAUCGAGAGUGAGAAAAUUAAAUAUAAAAAGCCCAAGAGACACUCAAAAAAUCAAAGAAUGAAUGUUUCUAACAGAAAAUUUAAUGUUAGAAGUAAGAAGGAAAAUGACUCACAAGUGCUGUAUAAUGAAGAUUAUAAAGACUACAUUCCUAAAAAACGACACACAGUCUCAGGCAAGAAAGGCAAUAGUGGAAAUCGAAGGAGUCGGAAAGCUCUCAAACAAGAUGGAAGAAUUAGUAAUAGAAAGCAAAAUCUUCUUAGUAAUGGCCAUAAGGGGUCACAUAAAAGAUCUCAAUCUUUAAGCAAGUCAAAUACUGACUCUCGUUAUAAAAGUGUGCCUCAGAAUGGUUAUCAAAAUGAUCAGGAGAGACUGAAGAAAAAUUUUGUUAAGGCAAAGUUCAAUACCAUCAUUAAUAACAGAACUCCUCAGAUAAAUCAAAUAAGGGUGAAGAAUAAUGAUGCUAAACUUGAAUUGAGUCUUAGGAAUGCAAAGAAAAAUCUUCAUAGCUACUUUAGAGAAAGUAACAACUUUGCUUCCCUGACUGGUAGAGACAAAGGAAAGGUUUUAUUGAGAAAGGUAAAUAAAAGGAAUGAAUCAAUUAAGAAAGGAAAGAUUAGCAAGACUAAGGAUAGACAAGGCCGGUUUAUCUCCCCAAUAUUUAAAGCAGGGCGGAGUAAUUCUCGUAAAGUUGACAACCAUCCAUCAGCAAAAGGAAAUGUGAUGGCUCUCAACAAGAUUCAAAACUUAUUAACUAAUAUUCGGACUUCUAGGUCUAACAAAAUGGGCAAACAAGGAGCCGAUGUUGGUAAGAAGUCAAAUGCUUAUAAACAUGAUGCGGCUGGCUACAAGUCAACUCUAGAGCCAAAGCUUCCUAAGUAUCAGCAUUACAAUAAUCUAAAUACCAUAAAUCAUCAUGAAUUUUAUGAUGGGAAACACUCUUCGACCAAGAAUCAUAAGAAACACAAAGUUUUGAAAUAUUUCAACGGGCCAGGAAGGCAAGUGCUUCACCAGCUAUGAAACAAAAUGAAGAAGUAUGAAAACCUGAAAUCUCUAUAUGCUUCUAAUGAGACUCUCAAGUCUUCUCUGAAUACUUCCUCUUUGGGUAAGAACAAGAUCACAAGUUCAAAGAAUAAGUGAGAGAAAUAAGGCAAAAACUUCUCUAAACAAUGACCGUAUGAUGAAAAAGUACCAGAAAGAGAUCACCUUGAUUGCUAAGAAGAAAAGGGAAUAUGCUCUUGCUCAAGCAAAGUCAAGUAACAGGACCAAUAACAUCAAUACUACAGCCUCUACAAUUCUUAUGAGCUUGGCUGGUGCUAAUGCCAAUAAUUUGAGCAUUACAGAGUAUCCUGGGCUAAACGAAUCGCUUGCUUCCCUUAAUCAUGACUUUGGGCAGAUCAAGAUUGGAGAAUAUGUCCCUCAAAAUAUAUCUCACCAGAAUAUGAGCAAGAUCAAGGUUGGAAGGAACUCUACUAAGAAAUUCCUAAGAGAUGUCCACACUGAAGUCAGGAAGAAGAACGGUGGAAGUGUGGACAAACGUAAAGCACAAAUGAUCAAUAGAAAUAAUAACUCCCAAAAGAGGUCAGAUGAAAGCAGAAGGAAAGGAGGCAAUAAACUCAAGCAUAGAGGCAUUAUUGAGAAAAACCAACUAGGAAAGAGGAAGAUUAUAGCAACUGAGACUUUUAGUUAG